CCCACACCAUUGUCGUUGUGGGUGCCCACUAGCAGUUUUUUUGUCCUCUCCUCCUUCUCUCUCUAUUCAUGUAUGUUUAUAUAUGUGUUAAAUAUUUUCUACUGGGUUUCUUUUUCUUGUCAUCCUCUUUCCACCUUCAACAGUAAUGAUUUUCUUGUUAGGGGUAUCCUUCUUGAGGAAUCUGAGGAGUUUUGAUUGUGAAAAAGCGGCAGUUAUUAUAGCUUUUGAAAAAUCAACUACGAGAACACGAAGAAGAAGAAGAACAAAACAAAUAGAAACGCAAGCGCACGAGUGUGUGCCAAGGAAAAGAGACUUCCAUUUGUUUUGAUUGAUUUGAUCAUCAAACAAACAGAACAGUCCCUCACUACCCUUUCCUUUUUCCUUUCCCCUUCUAUAUAUCCGGCUUCAAGGGAUCCUGGUUUUGUUCUGGGUUCUCUGCUUUUUUUCUUUUCUUUUCUUUUUUAAUUUGUUUAGUUUUAUUUUGGGGCUUUUUGAAACCCUUUGUGAAAUAUGUCUCAACAAAGGCAGUUCCAGAUGGUGGCAGGCAGCAACCCAGGUGGUGACUACAAUGAUAAAACUUUUACGAAAAUCUUUGUUGGUGGUUUGGCAUGGGUGACUCAGAGAGACACCAUGAGGCGUUAUUUCGAGCAGUUUGGGGAGAUUCUUGAAGCUGUUGUUAUUACAGAUAAGAACACAGGGAGAUCUAAAGGUUAUGGCUUUGUUACAUUUAAGGAUCCAGAGUCUGCUAUGAGAGCAUGCCAAAACCCAUCUCCUGUUAUUGAUGGAAGGAGAGCUAACUGCAAUCUUGCAUCUCUUGGUGCCCAGAAAACACGUUCAUCAACUAAUCCUCAACAUGGUCCAGGACGGUUUAGACUAGCACCAGCGGGAUUGGUAGCUCCACCGGCUUUUCAGGGCUCAUCGUCAACACUUGUUCAUCAUCAUCAACCUUCUGGUCAAUACACAUUUCCUUAUUCGACUUACGGGUAUUCUGGAUAUACACAAGACAUCUUGUAUCCAUUGAAUUAUUACAAUGUCUAUGGUGGUCAACAAUUCUCACCUUACCAUACAGCAGGGACAUCAGGGGCUGCACCUGGGAUGUUCCACAGUCUUUACCCAAUAUAUGCCCAAUAUGCACAAACUAGUCAAGCUCAUGGUUUUGGGGUUCAAUAUCAUCCUCAAAUGGUGCAGUACCCUUAUUUACCUCAACACUAUGGCUCUAGUACUGGUAGCCUAUCACUUCCUUCAUUGGCAAUGGCCACUACAAGUACAGGUGCCACAACCACAUCAACAACAAUACCGACUACAAUUACACCACCAACAUCCACAACUACCGGAGGAAUUGGAGCUGGGGCAGCUACCACUUCACAGCAGGCCUCAUCAGGAUCAGCUUCUGAACAGAAUUCGUCAACCAAAGAAUGACUGGAAAACACAAGGAAUUACAAGGCUAACAAGAUCGUAAAGCAGGAAAGGCGCGAACAGAAACAAGGAGAAUAAGAAAAGACACAUCAAGUUUUCACUGAUUUGGAAGAUGAAUACUGAUCAGCAAGCACAGGAAGAGAAAGAAUAUCAAGGAAUUCGCGCCCAAGUAGUCCUUUAAUUCAUUCUUGGAUUCAUUCAUGCUCAACAUUAUGUUUGUUUAGGACAAUAGGGGGUCUUUUUAAUUUCUAGGCAUUAGAAGAUACAAAAUCAUAUUCAUUUCAUUCUCAAUUUCUCAUGUAAUGGGCAUAAGGUGGAAACCAAAUAUUGGCUUUGGAUUCCACCUCAAAACACUGACUAUUUGAUGACUAUAUAUGUCUUCAUUGCACAGAGCAUCCGAUGACAUACAGUCUGAUUGUUUAUAUCAGCAUUAGUGGGUUCAAAAGAUUGAUUUUGUAUCUUUGAACCCAGAUUAAUUGAAAUGUUGGGCUCGGACAGCUCACACAUUAAACAUUGUAACAUUUGUUUUUGUUCUGUUCUGUUCUGUUCAUUGAUUGUUAAUGAAUGAAAGCAUGUUAA